GUGGCGUUCUUAUAAAUACGUUUCGUAGCAGAGUUUUUCUUCACCCAGAAAGAAGAAAAAAAGUUGAAGAAGAAGAAAAGUGAGCUUAUGAUCACUGCAACUUUGCAUUUUCAAAUUCACAUUUCUUCAAUUAUAGCACUUCAAAUGUUCCUCCUAAAGACAUGGAGAUCAACUGCUUUUGGUGUUUAUGGCUACCUCAAUUUCACAAAAUCUGGCUUCCUGGAGCAUUCCAAACAUUUCAAGCCAGAAGAUAUGCAGACUAGAAUUGAAGGGAAGAAUUGUGUAGUAACAGGAGCAAAUUCUGGCAUUGGUUAUGCAACUGCCGAGGGCCUCGCUUCACGUGGGGCGAAUGUAUAUAUGGUAUGUCGUAACAAGGAGCGUGGGGAGGCUGCCCUUUCUAAAAUUCGAUCAACAACAGGCAACCAAAAUGUUCACUUGGAGGUUUGUGAUCUUUCAUCUGUUAGUAAGGUCAAGUCUUUUGCAUCCAAAUUUGCUUCAAAGGAAGUUCCAGUUCAUGUUUUGGUUAACAAUGCUGGUUUGCUUGAGAAUAAAAGAAUCACCACAUCAGAAGGGUUUGAAUUGAAUUUUGCUGUGAAUGUGUUGGGCACUUUUGCAAUUACAGAAUCAAUGGUGCCUUUGUUAGAGAAAGCUGCACCUGAUGCUCGGGUGAUUACAGUUUCAUCUGGUGGAAUGUACACAGCUCCUUUGACUACUGAUCUACAGUUUAGUGAUGAAAAAUUUGAUGGGGUGGAACAAUAUGCUCGAAACAAGCGAAUUCAGGUGGCAUUAACUGAGAAGUGGGCUGAAAUAUACAAGGAUAGAGGGAUCUCAUUCUACUCAAUGCACCCAGGUUGGGCUGAGACACCAGGAGUUGCUAAGAGUUUACCGAGUUUUAGCAAGUCGUUCUCAGGAAAGCUAAGAACGAGCGAACAAGGUGCAGACACAGUUAUUUGGCUAGCUUUACAGCCUAAGGAAAAGCUAGUAUCUGGUGAAUUUUAUUUUGAUAGAGCUCAAGCCCCAAAACACCUGAAGUUUGCAGCUACCAGUGGCUCACAUGCAUUAAUAGACAGCAUCAUUAGCAAUCUCCAUGCCAUGUCUACGCUUUCUUCUUGAAAUGAAAAUAUCUUGAUGACAUUGUAUGAUGCUUAUAGAAGAUUUGAACAUUUUAUUUCAUUAUACAAGUUGGAUUUGGAUAAGAUAGAUAGCUUUGGCAAUGCAGAGGUGUAUACUUAAAUUUUUAUCC